AUGGAAGACUUGCUUAAGGUCAGCAGAAUUGUUGUUGAGAUUGCUAAUGAUCUAAACGCUAAGGAUUAUGUGAAUUUCCGAUCAGUGAAUAAGCUAGUGCAUGAUCAUCAGUUAGCUGGCCCCACUGAUGAUGCAUAUUGGGAAUCCAAAUUAGUAGCCAUGGGUUUAAAAAAAGUGUAUGACGAAGUUGUUACGAAUAAGAAUGAAAACGAAAAUAUUAUAUCGUUUGAUGAUGAAGAUGGUGGAAACUAUGAUUCCGUCACCAUUUUUGAUAAUAUUCGCACCUUUACCACUAAGGACGCCAAGAAGACUUAUAUCAAAUAUCAUCGAUGUUUCCAACCGUAUUGCAUGAAAUUGUAUCACAGUAAUUUUACUCAUUUUUUUCCAGCCAAGUAUGAUGAAGAUCCGUUGAUCCAGGUAAAGAUAUUUAACUACAUUUCCAGGUACAAUAAGUCCAAUAGCAAUGAUGAGGAUCAGUUUUGCAGGAUAGAGCAAAAUUUGAAGAUUCUGAAGGAGAUUUUUGUGAAUUCUGUCUUACAAGAGAUGGAAGCUAAUUAUUCAUCCAAAAACUAUAAAACUGUCGGGAAAUUUAUCAAUGUAUUAUUACAAUGUCAUGAAGAGACUAAUGCAGUAGAAUUCUUUAAAUCCAAGACUGAUCCUGCAACAGAGGUAGAUGCACCCAAGACGGUUUUCGACGAAGGAGGAAUUUUAAAUUAUGAAUUAUUUGAAAAAUCACUAAAUAUUUUCCGAGAUUACUUAAACGAUAAAAUUGAAAUGGUGGAUACUCUAUUUGAAGACAAAUACCCUGUCAUUUUACAAUUUAUUGAAGGGUUCAUUCAAGAGAAUGUGCUUGAUUUUUUCAAUGAAUUGUUUGAAGCGGAUGAUUCCAGACUGCGAUAUAUGCCAACAAUUUAUUUCCUUGUACUUCAAAAACUUUGCACAGAAUUAAAAGAGUCAAAAAAUGGGGGGCCUCCUUUCCAUCAAGUUGUUAAAGAUUUCUUGAACAUGUACCUGGAGCCCAGAAUAAUAGAUUAUUUGGAAUUACAACCGCGUGAAUUGAAACGGCAAAGUUCCUUGAAAUUUCAAGCAUAUGAAGAGGAAGUAGCGUCUAGGGAAAAGGAAACAAAUGAACAGAUUUACAACUCUUUAAGAGAUCAAAGCAAAAAGAAGAAAAGCAUGUCUGAUGAUAAAAAUGAUUUUUUAAGUACGUUUGCCAAAAUGUUGAGAAUUCCCAAUAGUGAAAGCCAGAAAAAGCAAGAACAACUUCAAUUGGCCUAUAAUCUCAAUCUGAUCACAAACAAUUUGCAAAACAUAAAGAGUCUGGUGAGUCUUGAUCUUUGCUGUGAAAUGAUCCAAGAUGCGCAGAAUAGGACAGAAGAGAUGUAUAGGUUCCACACUUUAGAAAAUGUUUUGGAAAUUGUGAAAUCAAAAUGUCAAGAGUUGUUCAAGACUCUUAUCGAUCAAUUGAGUAAUCACCAUAUUAAACCAGGUUUUGAAAAGGCUACAGAUCUUUUGAAAAAAUACAACUCUAACGAUGUGGAAAGAGUUGAAUUGAAAUUAGAAGGAUUUGAGACCAAAGUGGAACCAUUAGUCCAAUUCACAGAAUUGAUAAAUAUUGGUGACAUUAUCCUACAAAUGACAUCAAUUUUUUACAAGAACGAAUUGGUUCAUAAAAAUAUCAUCAAUAAAAAUAGAGAUUUUCUCAACGAUGUAGUUCAAUCAAAGAAAAAUUUUGAGACUAUGUUAGAUGAUUUUGUGGCGGAAGGUUUGAACAUUGGUAUCAACAAAUUAAUGGAUGAGGUCGAGUUUGUAUUUAAUACAACCCAGUUACCUGAAGAUUUCAACCCUACAGAGAAAUCUGCACAAAGAGAAAUAAAUCCUACACAAUGUGCUGUGAAGAUCGUGGAGCUUUUAUCUAACCAUUGUUUCUUAUUGACUGGUGCUACUGAUAAAGGAACAAUAGAUGUUUAUCAACAAGAAAUUGCUGAAAGAUUUUUCAACGAGAUUGUUAAGCAUAUUAAGAAAAGUCUAAUAUCAGCUGAAGGUGCUAUUUUCCUCAUCUGUGAUCUAAAUUUUUAUUACGAUUUUGUCGCUUACAAGUUGAGGCAGAAGAGAGUAGUACCUCUUUUCGUGGCGCUUAAAAAUGUCGGUCAGUUGUACAUUGUCUCGGGUAAAGAUUCAAAAGAAUUGGGUAAAAUGAUUUGCGAUGUAAAUAGGUUUAAGGGAAUAUUUUCACAGGAAGAAAUUUACGAAUUUGUUGAAAGAAGAAGUGAUUGGGUACGUGUGAAAAGAGACGUUCAAAAGGUGAUGUAUGGUUUAGGUUUGAAAGAUUGUGUAAUAAUGUAA